CACUCGGGUUCUCUCGCCAUCCUCUGCUGCUCUGCCAUUCUCUCUCGGGCUUCCACAUUAGGCAUCGUUUAUAUUCUUUGCCGCCUUUGCCCCGUUGCAUUACGAGCCCCCGUUCUCUCCAGCCUCCUCCCACAAAUUUUCUUAUCCCAAUUUCUCCUUAAAAAUGCCUGUCGCCGAGAAGAGGAACGAGGCUGACGGCGGCAUCGAGCACGACAGGGAGAAAGACAGGUCGCAGGAUAGAGACAGAGAGCGGGCAGGCAAAGGACCAAAACCUGGCGGCAAAGCGAAGGACCUUUCGCAUGUGCCCUGCAAGUUCUUCAAGGUCGGGUCAUGCACUGCAGGCUCCUCCUGUCCCUUCUCGCAUUCCCUAGCGGAGCCUGGUCAGCCGAAGGACGUCUGCGCCUGGUUCGUCAAGGGCAACUGCAAGUUUGGGCACAAAUGCGCUCUUGCCCACAUCCUUCCGGGACAGCCCAUGGCUAUGGACAGGAAGAAUAAGAAAGCUGCACAGCUUGCAGCGAACGCCGGCGGGGGCGGGGGAGGCCAGGGAAAAGACAAGGGCAGAGGUCACAAGAACAACCACUCCGUCAACGGGGCAGGAGGGGGAAAUGCAACAGUGCGCAACUCUUUGCUUGGCGGCUCUACUGCCCCUACUCGUGUUCUGUCGAGCUCUCGUCCGCCCAUGUCCGUCCCACUCAAAGCAACCAUCUCGCCAUCCGCCCCCGCACCGCCCAUCAAGGAUACAGACUUUGCAUCUUUUGCUAUUCCAGACGAAAGUAAGCUUCCGUCUGCUCCUGCGCAGCGCAAGACCACCUCGGAGGGUACGGUUGAGCCUGCACCAGAGGCGUCGCAGGCUACCAAUUCCGAGUCCACGGCCGAGAAGGAAAGCACUACCCCGACCACGAAAAAGGUUCCCUCACCCCUCCCAGUUAGCAACCCCGCUGCCCCUCGGAACCGUUCUGCGGCCAGUCCCUCUGACCUUGGUCCCAUCGGAUCUCCACCAAAGUCGUCUUCUGCUGCCCAGGCUUCGAACAGAAUCGACGGCUUCUCACCGGGCACCUCACCAUCGAAGGGCGAGUUCGUUCCGUCAUCUCCUUUCUCAGCACCCCACACACAAUCCAUUUUCGUCACGUCGUAUGAGAAGACGGAGAUUCACAGCCAUGCUAAUUUCCGGUCCGGGCUUGCAGCCUCCCUUGGCGCGACCAGGACGUGGGGACUUGGUCCAGGUCAGGACAUGGGAGCUCGUGGUAUGGCUACCGAAGUCGUUGUUGAAGACGACGACCUGGAAGAAUUGAUUCCGAGUUCUCUGACGGACCUUCUCACUCCGGAGGAAAGGUCCAGGAGAUUUUCGCGCACCAACUCGGGUCAAAACGGUGCUGUCCCUGCUGGCGUCGCCGCCUUUCGUGAGGGAUCGGCUCCUCGGUCUUCGGAGCUUCACCACCGUCACUCACGCUCCGUUCCUGCCGCUUCUCUGCUGAACGACCUCAAGUCCAUAUGGAGCGAGAAUGGCGCUGGGGGACCAGCCCUGGGCGUUUCUCCCGGGUUAGGCAACGGAUCGCCAAGCUCGUUCGCGUCCAAUGGAGGGUUCGGUGGUCGCGCCUAUGCAGAGGAUACGUUAUCGCCUUCCCUUAUAUCACCGACCAACGCGUCCGCCGCGUUCUUGCCGGGCUUACAUCAUCACUACAAGAACGCCAGGUCUACCGGAGUGGGACGGAUGGAUCCUCCCAGCAGCAGGAUCGGACCGUCUUCGUCGUAUUCGAACAACUUCCCGCCAGGUCCGGGUGCAGGUAUGCCUCCUACGGUUGCCGAGGCCGGUGGUUUCACUGGCGCGGCGCUCUCUCCGCCUCGCUUCGGGGCCUACGGGGGUCGCCCGCCCUUCGAGUCCGUCCCUACUGAUCCUUAUUUAGGCGGCAGGACGGUGGCGGGACAGGCCGCUGGACGACCCAUCCCUGUUCAUACGGAAGGUCUGGGUCCCAACGGCGACGCUUUCUCCCCCUCCGCGAGGGCGUUGCAAGCUCACGCACCGGGGCAGAGUCUCCCUCAAGGACUUGCCGCUGGAUACUCGAGGAUCCACGCGCGGCCUCCUCCGUCUAUUCCCUCUCCUGCCGGCUCCGCUGCGUUCAGUCCGCCCCAGAUUUCCAACCUCAGCUCGAGCAUCACCGGGCGAGGCUUGGGUGACCAUAUGCCUCUCGGUACGACUCCUCCCCCGGGCGCGACGGCGAUGGACGUGCUCGACUCUAUGAUGUCUCGGCUUUCCUAUACCGCUGCGGCUGGCCGCACCACACCCACGCAGCAGUCCACCGCGCCUUCCGCCGUCCCUCCCGUCGGGAUGG